GGUCUGCAUUUUGCUCCCGGGUCCAACGUUCAGACCGGCUUGUACGAUUGUUAUUGCAAUAUCUCAGCAACUCGCGGCAUUCACUCGCCGGCUUGCUUUCUGCCAUUGAAAACGUGCAUCAUGAACAAGUUAGUAGGAAUUACGAGAAACUUUUCGAGCUCUGCGUCGCUAAAUGCGAUAAAGACUGUUACAGUUGUGGGCGGUGGACUUAUGGGCUCGGGCAUUGCCCAGGUAACAGCUCAGGCAGGUCAAAAUGUAUAUCUCAUAGAUACACAGAAAGAACAGCUGGAGAAAGCUCAGAAAUCCAUCAAGAACAAUCUUGUCCGAGUUGCAAAGAAGACUUUCAAAGAUGAUGCCGCUAAAGCUGAUAGCUUUGUAAAGGAAUCUUUAAACAGGAUCAAAAUGUCAACAGCACUGGAAGAUGGGGUGAAUGUGGAUCUAGUUGUGGAGGCCAUUGUUGAAAAGUUGGACGCUAAGCAGGAGCUGUUUAACAAGCUUGAUCAAUUGUGUCCAGAACACACUAUCUUGGCGACCAACACCUCUUCCAUGUCUGUCAAUGAAAUAGGGUCCCGCAUCAAGAGGAAAGACCGAUACGGCGGCCUCCAUUUCUUCAAUCCCGUUCCCGUGAUGCGUCUCCUAGAAGUGGUAAAAGGAGAACAAAUCUCCGAAGAGACAUACCAAACCCUGAUGACUUGGGGCAAGUCCGUAGGCAAGACUUGCAUCACUUGCAAAGACACUCCUGGAUUCAUUGUUAACAGGCUACUGGGGCCGUACAGUGCUGAGGCAAUGAGAAUGUAUGAGAGAGGCGAUGCAUCAGCUAAAGACAUCGACAUUGCAAUGAAGUUAGGCGCCGGUUUCCCCAUGGGUCCACUCGAGCUCGCUGACUACACUGGACUCGAUACCAAGAAGGCAUUACUCUCUGUCAUGUUGCAGAAAACUGGACACCCAGUAUUUCAGCCUAUAGGGUUGCUUAACCGACUGGUUGCAGAGGGAAAAUAUGGCAGGAAAAGUGGGGAAGGGAUUUAUAAAUACGAAAAAUCGAAGGUGUAAAUACAACAGAACAAGACAGUCGUUACUUUCUUAUCAAUACGUUUAAAUCUCUAUUAAAGUGGUUUUCCACCGGCGAGACGAGACGAGAUGAGCAUUGAAGUUUGUGUGACAAAAUUUAAAUUCCCUCUGGUCCAUCUUCGGUAGAAAUGGUCUGGAUUGAUGAGGUUGGGCGAGGCGAAAAUUGCAAUAUUUGUUGUUGUAUUAUUGAACAGUAUUGCUACCUUCAUAGAGUAUUAUACUCUGCAACGGAAACAGGAUUUCUCACGCACGAGUGCGAUGGCUAUUAAUAUCAAUAGCGAGAUUAGGACCCCACAAUCUCGCGAUUGAUUUGAGAUUUAAAAAAUAUGGUUUUAUCGGAUUCUUCUUCCAUUAUCAUAUGUAAUAAUAAUUUACGUGACAUGUUUCAUCAGCUGCGUAUUUAUCGCUAGAUGAACUGAACAGCACUGAAUCUUCACCAUCCACAAUCACAACCUGAGAUCGUGUUCACGAUAGCUCGCGCGAGCUAUUAAUGGCAAUUUUUGGUGGAAAUAGGCCGGCGAGAUUUCAAUCCUCGUCUCUCCUCGUUUCGUCUCGCCGGUGGAUACCACCUUUAUAUAACAAAAUGCCCUAACACAAUCGACUCCUCAAAUUCGGAACGUAAUUAUGUUUAGGAUUUUUCCUUGAACUGUCCAUGUGGCUUGUUUUGAGACGUUGUCGGGUCACGGAUGUUCGCUUUGAAACUGUGAUCCACCUGAGGGCUCACGGGCAAGUCCAAGUCCAAUCUUGUCUGUGACUGACUGAUGGUGUGAUGAAUGACUGUGUUAAUAAACAGCUCCUAAGCCCGGUACUCAGUCCGUAUCAGCUAUAUUAAUAAACAGCCCCUAAUGGUGUAUUUCCAUCGGCGAGGCGAGACGAGACGAGACGAUUUUUAAAACUUGUAUGGCAAAAUAUCAAUUCUCUCCUAGCGCACCUCCUUCGUUCCCACUAGUUCUAUUGAGUAGUUCUAUUACUACUGGGACUUUUUUCCAUUAGUUCUAUUAAGUUCUAUUGUAAUAAAUAAUAGAACUAGUGGGAAAAAUAAUUUCACAGUAGUUAUAUUGCCUUAGUUCUAUUUUUAUCCCGAAAAUGAUUUUAUCAUUAAUGUACGGUUGAAGAAUAUUUAUAACUUAUACAUAUAACAUUUAACGUAAAUUUGACAAAUGAAUAUAAAAAGAAUUAAAAAAAUUAUCGAAC